GAAGGCAAGGCCUCUCCCUCCCUGCUGCCCUUUGCUGAUGGAAAACUCUGUCCAUCGGAGGCCAAGCGAGAGGCAGGAGCGGCAUUGGGAGCUUUCCUUACAAGGCGCUUGGCAAAGGCUCAGCUGGCAAAAGGAAGCAGGGAACUGGAGCCUUCCUCUGUGCCUCAUUCAUUCAAGGGACCCGCAGUGACGCAGCGGGGAAAGAGCACCCCAGAGACACUGAAAACCCCUCCGUUUGCUUUGCCGGCUCCUUCCCUGCUGCAAGAUUUUGGGAGAUUGAUAGAAAGGAAGACAAGACUGGAACAUGGGGCUCUAAAGGCUUUUAUUGCAAAAAUAUUGCUGCUGUCUUCCUCUCUCAGGCCAUUCUGAUCCUCUCUUCAAUUCUAAUUUAAAGUCUGAAGAUGUCCUCCAUGUUUGGAAAAUCUCGGCCAGCUCCUUGUGUUCAUGAGCGCCAUCUCUCCAGCCAGAUCCCAGAAUGCAAUGUGGCCAUCUUAGGAUGCCGAGGGUCGGGAAAAUCAGCGCUGACAGUGAAGUUUCUAACUAAGAGGUUUAUAAGCGAAUAUGAUCCCAACCUAGAAGACACGUAUGCAUCAGAAGAAGUGGUGGACCAACAGCCGGUCUUGAUGAAGGUGAUGGAUACAGCAGACCAGGAUGUCCCUGUGAACUGCGAGAGGUACCUCAACUGGGCAAACGCCUUCAUCGUUGUAUACAGUAUCAACAACCGGAAGAGCUUUGAGGCAAGCCAGCUGUACCUGGAUAUCAUUGCGCUCCACCUGAAGAAUGCCCAGCAUGAGGCACCUGUUCUUCUCAUUGGAAACAAGCUGGACAUGGAACAGUACAGACAGGUGACCAAAGCUGAGGGCAUCUCCGUCGCUGCGAAAUAUGGUGCUCUCUUCUACGAAGUCUCAGCCUGCCAGGAUUUCGAAUCGGUGCAGAAUGUUUUCCAUGAAGCCGUGCGUGAAGUGAGACGAGAGGGGGAGAGGAACAUGGCGGUCCGGCCCUUGUUCAUCAUCGAGGAGAAGCCUUCUCUCCACUUCGUGCCUCCAACCAGCAUGGCUGCCAAGCCGGGAGUGGCCAAUUGCACCUAUAGCACCCUUUCCACGGUGAACUACAAGGAAAUCCCUUCUGUGGCCCAAGCCAAGCUGGUGACGGUCAAAUCCUCACGGGCUCAGAGCAAGAGGAAGGCGCCAACGUUGACAUUGCUGAAGGGCUUUAAGAUCUUUUAAAGCCAGGAUGGACAACCACCAGAGGCCAAUAAGGCCACAUUAGCAUUCCUUAGGACAUUGAGAUGUUACAUCUCCAUCGUAGCAUAUCCAAAAUCCCCCUAGAUUCAUGGUUUGAGGAGAGAUCUAUCUCAUUUUGGCUCCAAAAGAAACCCUCUUUUUUCAAAACAAGGAGUCAACCAGUUGACUUCUUUGACGUAGGACCAUUGGGAGGCAACAAUAUGACCAGUUUCCCCCAUUUCCUUUGAAUCACCAUAGUUUUCAAAUAUUCCUCACCAUAAUACCUCCCAGAUUAAGAAUCUCACAUUUCGGGGAAGUCUUAAUCCAUUUUAGUCCUUCUGUUCUAAACAAGAAGCCAACUAGUUGACUUGCUUGAUGUUAACCGUUGGGAGGCAUUUUCCUUGGCAUAGAAGGCCAUCUUUGACUAAAAACCCCUAUUUGACAAAGCCAAGGUUUUUGCAGAUGUCAAAAACAACCUUCGAUGGUUUAAUUUCCUCACCCCUGUUUUAAGGGGAGGCGCUAAUAGAUGAAGAAGAAACUUGGACAACCCAUUGGACCCAUCCAGAAGUGGUUGGCUGUGCCAAACAAUGGACUAUUCCUUGCAAUACAGCAUAGCAUACUGGCACAAACUCAACAAACUGUUGAGCAAUGGGCAGCAGGUAAAAGUCCUUGGUGUUAAACCAGCAAAGUGCCCAUAUCUCCACUGGUUGGGGUGUUUUCUGCCGUUUUGGAAACUGUAGAGGAGAAAACCCAACACACAGUUGGGUUUCAUCAUUAUGGUUGGUUAUGAUGGACAUGAGUCCCUCUCCUUAUGGCUUAUGGUUGGUUCUGAUGGAUGUAAGGGAUAAUGUGCCGUGGCCAUUGAGAAGAACCCAUGCUCUCAACCUUGGAUUAAUGGCUCCCAUGUUGACCCUAAGCUGCAAUAUGGAAGACCACUUGGUGGUUCAAGCUGGUGGUGGCAUCCACCAACAUUUCAUAGAUGAAAAUUGGGAACAAACAAGCUUAGAGGAUGGUUAAGAUAGCAAAAGUUCUUAAUGAGGAAGGACAGAGAUGGACAACUACAGGUAUUCUGUUGUUGUUGAUGAUAAUCAUCUCCAUCCUCAUCAUCUGAUGUGAGAUCUACAACUCUUUAGAAAUUAUUGCACUGCUAAAGUAAACAGAUCUAGCAAACAUAAGAUGCAUCUACACUUUGGUAUUAAAGCAAAUUGAGACUACUUCAACUGCCACGGCUCAAUGGAGUUGACAUUGUGCAAGGUCUUAAGCCUUCUCUACUAAAGGAUGCAGACUACAAAUCCCACGAUUCUAUUGCGUUGUGCCAUGGCAGUGCAAGUGGUGUCAAACUACAUUAAUUCUACUGUACCCAAAGUAAGGAUUCUUUUCUAUUCUAUGUGUUGUCGAAGGCUUUCAUGCCUAGAAUCACUGGGUUUCUGUGAGUUUUCUGGGCUGUCUGGCCGUGUUCCAGAAGCAUUCUCUCCUGAUGUUUCACCCACAUCUAUGGCAGGCAUCCUCAGAGGUUGUGAGGUCUGUUGGAAACUAGGCAAGUGGGCUUUACAUAUAUCCCUGUGGAAUGAUGUCCAGGGUAGGAGAAAGAACUCUUGUCUACCUGAAACAAGAGAAGCCAUUGAAAUCCACAAGCAGGUGGACAAUUUCAAUAGAAAGGAGGAAACAAUGAAAAUGAACAAAAUCUGGCUCCCAGUAUUAAAAAAAACUCUAGAAUCAGGACACUAAAUAAAAAACAACACUCAAACAACAGGAGAAUUCCAGACAUUGAUCAAUCAUGGCCAGCCUGAUGGACUCCCAAUAAAGGAGUCCAUCAGGCAGCAACCAGCCAGGCAUUGAAACUGCAAGGCCAUUGAAUGCUAAUUUAAGGUGGCCAAUUGCAACAUUCACACUUGCCUCAAGCAGACUUUUCUCCCACCCUGGACAUUAUUCCACAGAUAUAUAAACAUCAACAUCACUUGCCUAAUUUGUAACAGACCUCACAACCACUGAGGUUGCCUACCAUAGAUGUGGGCAAAAUGUCAGGAGAGAAUACUUCUGGAACAUGGCCAGAUAGCCUGGAAAAUUCACAGCAGCCCACUUUUCUAUACUGUUUCCCUCUCUCGUAUUUUUCGCAGCCCCAAACUCAAAUAGAGUCUGUAUUAAGGAUAAAUUGUAUUGCCUCAUUUGCUCACAUUCCUGAAGCUUUGCAGAAUCUGUCAAUAUUUUUGGAAGAAUUUGGAAGGGGAAAACAGUUUUUUUCCCCAAGGCAUGGAAGUAAGGAAAAAAUAUGGGGAGAGGAGGCCAUCACACCAGAAUGGCAUGAAGAAAGGAGACAAAAAGACCUUGGUACUUUUGCUUUCUUUUCUGUACAGACUUUCCAAGAGGAAAUCCAAAGAUUUGGGUGGAAGGGGUGCAGAGCCCUCUGGCGGAACAAGAGUCACACGCACAACUGUGUGUCACUGUCUACAUCAGUGGUUCUCAACCUGUGGGUCCCCAGAUGUUUUGGCCUUCAACUUCCAGAAAUCCUAACAGCUGGUAAACUGGCUGGGAUUUCUAGGAGUUGGAGGCCAAAACACCUGGGGACCCACAUAUUGAGAAUUAUUAGUCUGCACUAUAGAAUGAAUGCAGUUUGUUUCCACUUGAACUGCUAUACUCUAGAACAGUGUUUCUCAACCUUCCUAAUGCUGCGACCCCUUAAUGCAGUUCCUUAUGUUGUGGUGACCCCCAACCACAACAUUAUUUUUGUUGCGACUUCAUACCUGUAAUUUUGCUAAUGUUAUGAAUCAUAAUGUAAAUAUCUGAUAUGUAGAAUGUAUUUUCAUUCACUGGACCAAAUUCGGCACAAAUACUCAAUACACCUAAAUUUGAAUACUGGUGGAGUUAUCAUAUCAUGUCUCAUGGGGAGAAGAGCCACAUUGAUUGAUUUUGUCAUUUGGGAGUUGUAGUUGCUGGGAUUUAUGGUUCAUUUAAAUUAAAAGAGCAUUCUGAACUCCACCAACGAUGCAAUUGAACCAGACUUGGCACACAGAACUCCCAUGACAGAAACAGAAAAUACUGGAAGGGCUUGGUGGGCAUUGGCCUUGAGUUUGAGAGCUGUAGUUCACCUACAUCCAAAGAGCACUGUGAACUCAAACAAUGAUGGAUCUGGACCAAACUUGGCACAAAUAAUCAAUAUGCCCAAAUGUGGACACUGGCGGAGUUUGGGGAGAAAUAGACGUGGACAUUUGGGAGUUGUAGUUGCUGGGAUUUAUAGUUCACCUGCAAUCAAAGAGCAUUCUGAAGCCCACCCAUGACACAAUUCAGCCAAACUUCCCAGACAGAACCCCCAUGACCAACAGAAUAUACUGUAUUUUCUGAUGGUCUUUGGAGACCCCUCUGACAUCCCCUCGCGAUCCCCCCAGGGGUCCCGACCCCCAGGUUGAGAAACACUGCUCUAGAAUCAUUGGAGUUGUAGUUUUGCAAGGUCUUAAGCCUUAUCUACCCAAGAGUGCUGGGGCUUCACCUAACUACAGCUCCCAUGAAUCCAUAGACAGAUAAAGUGGUGUCGAAGUGCAGUAAUUCUACAGUAUAGACACACCCGAAACACCCAUUUGCUUGGCACUGUACAUGGAACUCCUCUUGCUUUGACCUGAGCUAAAAUGUCUCAUUGCUUUCAUAUGAGAAGAUAGUGAAGGCAAAGUAUAUACAGUACAUGGCAGGGUGGAAAAUUCUUGUUCCAAGCUCUUGUCACUCCUGCCUCAAGCAAUGCCCCUGACCUUUAAGAGAAGAGAUUGCAACUGCCCUUGAUUGUUGUGGAAAAUAGUUUAAUAAAGGACACUUUGGGGAAGCCAACUGCAGUGAAAUCUUCUCUGAUUGGUGCGAGAGCAACUUUCCAUCUCAGUAACAAAGGCUUGUAUUUAUUCAGCUGGAAGAUCCGGAACUAAUGUACAUCCUGCAUGUAAUCCCUCAUAGUCAUGGUAUUUUUAUUACUUGGGUACCAUUCCUGACUCUGUGCUCAAAACCCAUUCGCACAGAUUGGAAUUCCCAGUUUAACAGAUUCUUACAAGAACUGGGUCCUGUUGGAAUAAUGUCAACAAAAAAAAAUGGGGGAAACUAAGAGUAAGGCUAUAUAGGGCAGCCUACAUGCAAAUCCAGACAUUGGCGGAUGCAUCUACACCAUGGAAUCAAUGCAGUUUAACACCACUUUUACAGCCAGCAUUCUAUAUCAUGGAAUACUAGGAACUAUAGAUUGGAAGGACACUUGCACUCUUUGGUAGUAAAGGCUCAAGAGCAGCGUUUCUCAACAUGGGGGUUGGGACCCCGGGGGGGGGGGGUCACAAGGGAAUGUCAAGGGGGUUGCCAAAGACCAUCAGGAAAUACAGUAUUUUAUCUUACUCAUGGGAGUUCUGUGUGCAAAGUUUGGUUCAAUUUUAUCAUUGGUGGGAUUCAGAAUGCUCUUUGAUUGUAAGUGAACUAUGAAUACCAGCAACUGUCAAGGUCUAUUUUCCCCAAACUCCAGCAGUGUUCACAUUUAGACAUGUUGAGUAUUUGUGCCAAGUUUGGUCCAGAUCCAUCAUUGUUUGAGUCCACAGUGCUCUCUGGAUAUAGGUGAACUAUAACUCCACAACUCAAGGUCAAUGCCCACCUAACCCUCCAGUAUUUUAUCUUGGUCAUUGAGGUUUGGUGUGCUAACUUUGGUUCAAUUCCAUCAUUGGUGGAGUUCAGAAUGCUCUUUGAUUGUAGGUGAACUAUAAAUCCCAGAAAUUACAACUCCCAAAUGACAAAAUCAAUCCCCCUCAACCCCACCAGUAUUCAAAUUUGGGCGUAUCGGAUAUUUGUGCCAAAUUUGGUCCAGUGAAUGAAAAAAAAAACAUCCUGCAUAUCAGAUAUUUACAUUAUGAUUCAUAACAGUAGCACAAUUACAGUUAUGAAGUAGCAACGAAAAUAAUUUUAUGGUUGGGGUCACCACAACAUGAGGAACUGUAUUGAGGGGUUGCAGCAUGAGGAAGGUUGAGAAACACUGCUCAAGAGGCUUGCGAAACUACAACUCCCAGGAUGCAUUGAGCCAUGGCAGUUAAAGUGGUGUCAAACUGCAUUCAUUAUACAGUGUAAAUGCACCCAAUGAUAGGCGGUACAAUCUUGGGAUUACGUGCCUCACCCAAAAUCCAAAAUCCUUGGCUUCCUGCAACACUUAGCCCCUUUUUCAAGGGAAUCCUAUGGGAGAAGGAGAGGGUCAUUUCCAAGAUUCUGAUACAAAACUGUGGCUAUAAAAUAAAGCAAAAUGAUCUAUAGUUAUUGAAUGGC